AUGACCAUCCAUAUCCCUCUUUCAACUCCAGGAGCAGGUCCAUCGAAAUAUGCAAGUUGGUCUUCCGACCCGCAGGACGAUUUAGCAGCGGUAGUGAGGACGCUGAGGUCAUCUAAGAAGAUGGUUGUUGUAUCAGGCGCUGGAGUAUCCACAGCUGCUGAUAUUCCUGAUUUUCGGUCCUCGACCGGACUGUUCCACGACAAUGGAUACACGAGCGGAAAGGGGAAGGCAAGAGGUGAUCAAGUGAAAGAUCUCUUCCAUGUGAAAUGUCUAUCCUCUUCAACACUUCUUGCUCAACAUUAUAGUCUGAUAACAUCACUUGCAUCACUUGCUAUUUCAGCCAAUCCAACUUGUUUUCAUUCAUACUUAUCAGAAUUAGCUUCAUCAGGCAGAUUGUUAAGAUGCUAUACUCAAAAUAUUGAUAAUUUGGAGUCGAAAGCUGGUUUACAAGUUGGUAUACCUCUACCCAAGAAGCCAAGAGGAAAAUCACAAAAACAAAAAGCGACAACAGUACAUGAAAACAGAAUACCGGAAGUGAUACCUCUCCAUGGGUUGUUGGAUACUCUUCAUUGUGUAUUAUGUCAAACUGUUAUACCACUAGAACCCUAUCUUCCAUUACCAGAACAUGUCAUCCCUUGUCCGACAUGUCAACUUGCAUCGACUAUCCGCGCCGCUUUGUCCGAACGAACCCGCCGAUCAGGCCAUCUAAGAGCUAGUGUGAUUCUAUACGGGGAAGAACACCCUCAAGGUGAUCUCAUUGGAUCAAUAGUCGAAAAAGAUCUGAAAUCUGUGGAUUGCCUAUUAGUGAUAGGCACUAGUCUAAGUGUUCCAGGAGUGAAAAGGAUCGUUAAAGAAAUGUCAAAAUCUACUAAAGCGAGGAAGGGAAAAGUCAUUUUGGUAAAUGACGAGUAUCCGAAAGGUUUAAAUGGUGCAGGCUCAGGAGGAGGAGAUUGGAGAGAUAUCUUUGAUUUUUGGUUACAGAUUGAUAUACAAUCUUUCAUAAAAGAUUAUCUGACAAAUGAAGAUUAUAUUACGUCAAUACCGAAAGAAGAAAAGAAGAUUCCCAUCACACCUAGAAAAAUGAACAAGCUGGUUUAUCCCCCUACGCCAGAAUCGUUAGAUAGACCAAGCAAGGCUCCCGAUCAAGCAAUGUUGACUCCCACGAAGUCGAAAAAACGGAAAGAAAUAGAAGUCGUAAUACCUACUCCGACAUCGACCAUGAAGAGAAAGUACGUGAAAAGACAAAGAGAGGUAUCUCCUUCUCCUAUGCCCAAGGGAAAUUAG